CUGAUGUUGAAGCGACGUCCAUUUCGGUACAUGUAGGUCAUAACCGUCCAAGGUGUCGUCGUACUCGUCGCAUUCCUCGUGCAACGAGGUGCUGCAUUUCGCUGUUUGCACACGAUGUUCAAGAACACGUUCCAGUCGGGCUUCCUGUCCAUUCUCUACAGCAUCGGGAGCAAGCCACUACAGAUUUGGGACAAACAGGUGCGCAAUGGCCACAUCAAGCGUAUCACGGACCAGGACAUCCAGUCGUCAGUGCUGGAGAUCAUGGGUACGAACGUCAGCACCAACUUCAUCACGUGCCCGGCUCAACCGGCCAAGACACUGGGUAUCAAGCUGCCGUUCCUCGUCAUGAUCAUCAAGAACCUCAAAAAGUACUUCACUUUUGAGGUCCAGGUGCUGGACGACAAGAAUGUGCGCCGUCGCUUUCGAGCGAGCAACUAUCAGAGCUCAACGAGAGUCAAACCCUUCAUCUGUACCAUGCCGAUGCGUCUAGAUGAAGGUUGGAACCAGAUCCAGUUCAAUCUCUCGGACUUUACACGCCGUGCGUACGGUACGAACUACAUCGAGACACUGCGUGUGCAAAUUCACGCCAACUGCCGCAUCCGUCGCAUCUACUUCUCCGACCGCCUCUAUUCCGAGGAGGAGCUGCCGCCUGAGUUUAAGCUGUUCCUGCCAGUGCCAAAGGCCAACAACGCCACAUCCAACGAGCAGCAGAAGGUCGCUUCACCAGCAGAGCAGUUUAUGUAGGCACGUAGGCUAUUAUUCAGGUAAAUGAUUUGGAGGUAGCUUCACCAAACUCCACCUCAUCAGUUUACCCUGGACCUUAAUCUAUACCCUUCAUUUCAUCUUGUGCUUACUUUAGUACACUACUUAGAUUUAAGGCUAAUGACUGCCUAAAAUGUCAGUUUGAAUGCAAUAUAUUGGUUAUCAAAGCUCUAG